AUGUGUUCAUUUGGAAAACACAUCGUUCUACUUAUUUAUACAAUAACAAUAAUCAACAGUGAACGUUGGUACGCAGCAACUAUCUUUGAAAGAAGAGACUCUGGCAACAUUACAUCAAAUAGACCCAGUUAUAAACCUACACAAAACAAUGAGCAACAAUUCACACCUUUAGCUUUGAUAAGAUCUAAGGAAAAUAAUAAAGAGCGUGAUAAUGUAAAACCUACAGUUUACUCAAUUGAAGCGCAACCAUUUCAAAAUUCAUCAUGGACUGCAUCUAACACUGUCGUGCCUGUUGUAAUACGGUUUAACAACACCAUAGACAACCUGAAUGUUUUAAAAAAUGUUCAGCCAAAAAGGAAACAAAUCCGUGCAAGGUGCCCUAGUAUUGAACCAAAAGAAACAAAAAAGCUGAUAUCCAAACAAAGGUCUAAAACGAGGUUUCUUGAAGUUUUCCAAGUUGUAGAAUUUGAUCACAUGCCUUGCACAUCUAGCAGUGGCUUAGAAGGAAAGUGUCUACCCGAAUCUGAAUGUAUUGAUGCCGGAGGAACUACAAUGGGAACUUGCGCCGAUGGCCGCCGGUGGCCGAGGUACUUGCUGCCUCAAUUUCAAUGCGACGACCGCUCUGCUGCGCAAACAGGAUGGUUUACUAACCCAAGCUUUCCUUUACCGAACACUGAAAGGCUCACUUGUGACAUCGCUUUAGACAAAUCAUCAGACGAUAUCAAACAAAUUCGUUUGGAUUUUAGCCUUUUUGAGGUGACUCAGCUGACGUCAUCCGAUGAAUUGGCAGCACCUUCAGGCUGCCUUCAAUUCUUCAAACCAGCGCAAGGAUAUCUAGAAUCAUUUAACUAUCGUGAUAAAUCUGACAUAGGAAUUGCUAGAUAUGCUUCUUACUUGAAUAAUCUUAAUUAUGCCAUGUGCAUCGAGCGCGCCCCAGAAACUUGCAGUGUCACUUACACCAACACUGAUGAUAUGCAGAUAGUUAAUUACGACCCAGAUGGCCUACAUUUAAUUCCACCGGGGCAAGCGGGCGUGGAAAUUCUAAAUUGUCCAAGUGAUUGGUUGCUGAUUGCAGCUACACGUCUCUGCGGCGAUCGUCUCAAUGAUGGUUCAGUUUUUGAAGACUUCACUAUAAAUGCACCCAUCACAGAUAAUAAUGCAGGACCUAUCGUCGUGUGGUUUAGAUCAGACGAAGCAUAUGUAGGAUAUGGUUUUAAAUUGUUUUAUCAACUGAAUUCAUGUAGUGUGAUGCAAUCAUAG